GGCCGCGACUCGUGGCACGGCGCGCCCGUACCAUGCCGUGACGCCCGAAGCCACCAAAGAAUCCCGCUUUCAUCGCCUCGCCGCACAUGCACUUCCCCUCGCCGGCCGCGGCGCACCCCAUGUCCGCGCCCGCCGUCUCCUGCCUGCGCCUCGUCCUCCCCGGCUUCACCGGCCUCGUCUCCGCCUCCCUCAUCCUGAGCCGCGCCGCCCGCGCCCGCGGGGUGGCCGUGAGGUCGGGCGGACAGGGCGCGGCGCCGCCCGAUUCGGCGGCCAUCCUGCGGCGUCCGGCCGCCGCCACGGCGGCCGCGGACGAGCAGGAGAGCGACGCGGACGCCUCGUUGGGUUCCCCGGUGGAGGACGAGGCGCCGGAUGAGGGCAGGAGGAGGGGCGCGGAGAGGGAGUGGGUGGACUGGGAGGACCUCAUCCUCGAGGACACCGUGCCGCUCGUUGGCUUCGUGCGGAUGAUACUCCACUCCGGCAAGUACUCAAGUGGUGAUCGGCUGACUCCUGAACAUGAAAAAGCCAUUCUUGAACGAUUGCUGCCAUAUCAUCCACAAUAUGAGAAGAAAAUUGGAUGUGGUAUUGACUACAUCACGCUAGGGUUGCAUCCAGAAUUCGAGAAUUCAAGAUGUUUGUUCAUAGUUAGGACGGACGGCGAGCAAGUUGAUUUUUCCUUCUGGAAGUGCAUCAAAGGCCUAAUACGAGAAAAGUACCCCUUGUAUGCAGACAGUUUCAUUCUCAGACAUUUCCGCAGGAGGCAGGAUUACUGAAAUAGCAGCUCGUACGAUUGUUCCGUGUAAUAUUUUGAUUUGGUCCACAUGCCUUAAUAUCAUCAUGUGAUUUUGCAUUUGUCCAAGUUCAUGUGGAACGAUAGGUUGCAGAUGAGCCUUGAGUGCUCUGUUUAGUAGUAUUAAGCUUAUUGUUAGCAGCGUAUAUGCCCUUUACCAGUCUUCUGAAGACCACACAAGAUAUGGAUUUGAUUUAUCCGUGACUUGAGAUGCUGCUCUUUUCCAUCCCUUGUCACGGAUCCAACCAGAUGUGAGGCUACCAAGGGCCACAUUUCAAGUGACAAUCAGUAUUGUUUUUUCCAACUUGACGAUCUUUGCGAUCGAGCGCUACAUAGUGUGAUUCUGUUUUGAAGCA